CUUCGCCUCGCAGCGGCGCUGCCCGCCCGGCUCCGGCUGCCGCCUCUGAGGGGGUUCGGCGGGUCAAUCCGCCCCCGCCCUGCUGCGGGGCUUCUCCGCCUCCGUCCCGCCCCGUUUCUUUGCCCCCGGCGCGGGUUUCUCACCGCCCCUUCCCCCGGGUUGACUGUCAGCCCGCCUCGCUCGCUGCCCCCUGCGUCUCCGUGUCCCUGUUCCCCCGCAGCCCCCGGAGCUUCCCCAGCCGCUGGGCGCCGGGGAUGGCGCCGCUGACUGCACCCCUGCGCGCCUAAGGAGGCAGGGGCGAGCCCUCCGCCGCCGUGGGAGGAGGAGGAGGAGGAGGAGGAAGAAGAGGAGGAGGAGGAGGAGAGAUGAACCGCUUCCAGCCCGGGGUCGCGCUGCUGCUCUCGCUGCUAUGGGAGUGUACAGAGGCGAAAAAGCACUGCUGGUACUUUGAAGGAUUAUAUCCUACAUAUUAUAUAUGUCGCUCCUAUGAGGACUGCUGUGGCUCAAGAUGCUGUGUAAGAGCUCUGUCUAUCCAGCGACUAUGGUAUUUUUGGUUCCUUUUGAUGAUGGGAGUUUUGUUCUGUUGUGGAGCUGGUUUCUUUAUCCGAAGGCGCAUGUAUCCCCCUCCACUAGUAGAAGAACCUACUUUUAACGUGUCUUAUACCAGACAACCAGUCAACACUGCAUCAGGGUCACAACAGCCUGGAGUGCCGUAUUACACAGAUCCAGGUGGACCUGUGAUGAAUCCCAUGGCUAUGGCUUUCCACGUCCAGCCUAAUUCCCCACAAGGAAACCCAGUUUACCCACCCCCACCUUCCUACUGCAACACACCACCUCCCCCUUAUGAGCAGGUGGUAAAAUCCUCCACGUGAGGACUCUGGCUCUCUGACCUGACUCUGUGAGAAGAAGCUGCCAUUGCAAAAUGACCAAGAUGGAGGGCAUCUGCCCUUUUGAACAUUUGCUAGUUCUCCAAGUUCUCUCUCCCUUUCUUCCUUGCACCUUUCCUCAUUAAAGUUACUUGCUAAGGGGUGAUUUUAAUUUUUUUUUUUAAAGUAGAAGUGGAUUUUUUCUUUGUCUUCAAAAUGAGAGAAAUUGUCUUUGUAACGCUUUUAAUGGAAACCUGUAUUUAAAACCUAUA